AUGGCGUUCAUUCUGGCCACCGUCUAUCGCUCCAACCUGGUUGCGAUGCUCGUCAAGCCCCUUCUGAACCUGCCCUUCAACAGCCUCGAGUCUCUGGCGAAGACGGACGCCAAGAUCUACGGCUACUCUGACACCAGGUUCAUGAUCGCUCUCGCCAACGCCGAAGAGGGAACGACGUUCGCCUCAGUGAAAAAGAACUUCUUGUUCAACAUGUCCGCAGAGGUUGGCGCCAGAGGAUACCACCAACGCAAGUGGGGACUGACAAGUUCCAAGACCACCCUCAAAUACGCCCUCCAUCUCGAUUUCAGUCUGAAAGGACGCUGCACCUAUUAUCCCAUUAAACAAGGGAUCUUCCAGACGAGUCAAGUGAGUUACGCUUUUCCAAAAGGUUCCAUCUUGAAGACUCGGGUAGACCCCAUCAUUCGAAGGUUGAGGGAAUCGGGUAUCAUUGACUACCUGGUGAACAGGAGGAUCCCAAAUGCUACAGAAUGUCUCAGCCAGAUCGAUUCAGGGUUAUCCGAGCUAAAGAGGCCUUUGGCUAUUCAAGAUCUGUCGGCUGCUUUCUUCAUUCUGCUGGCAGGGAGAACAGAAAUGCGGCAGUGUAUAACGAGAAGUGAAGAAGGAACAUUUGGCUCUGAUGAUGAUGAUGAUGAUGAUGAUGAAGAUGAUGAUUAUGAUGAUGAUGAUGAUGACUUCAGACACUGCAUAUUAUUCCCCAAGGAAUUUGAAAUAUUCUUAAAGCAAAUUGAAGUAUUCUGA